AUGUUGUGGCAUGUAGUGCAUCCUCCAAGAAGAAAUUUCAGAGGUGUCAAAUAUGGUGUUGGCCUCACCAGGCUGCUGGUGAACUUAAGCACACGCAAGCGCUUUGUUUUCCAGAAGAGCUUGAGUGUUGGGGUUUUUUUGUACAUGGCUUCACCUGUAGGGUUAUCUAUGUACCUGGCUGUGUUCUGCCUCGCUGGCUCUGCAGUGGCAAGCACUCCGCUGUCUCACAGGCCUGCUUGCUGGUGUGAGGAGUGCAAGGUGGUGGACCCUGAAGGGGGCCAUGGCACUGCUCAGUUGUUAGAUGUGGGCUCAGCAAAGGAGGGAAGGGUGGAGUGCCUUGAGGUGUCGAUAGGGGAAGCAGAUUCACCACCAACAACUUUCUAUGCAUUUGUGGGUCAGGGGAGAUUGAAGCUGGAUAUAGAAGCGGAUGCUUUGAAAGACCAUUCUGGAGGUCUUCUAAACCCCAGUAUCUGUGUGUUGAAUAACCCUAUACCUUCCAACCUGAAGUCAGAAGCUAAAAAGGCAGCUAAAAUUUUGCGAGAAUUUACUGAAAUAACUUCCAGAAAUGGACCUGAUAAAAUCAUACCUCCUCAUGUAAUAGCUAAGGCCAAAGGCCUUGCAGUUUUGUCUGUUAUCAAAGCUGGAUUUUUGGUGACUGCUCGAGGUGGAAGUGGAAUUGUAUUAGCUCGUCUUCCUAAUGGAACCUGGUCUGCUCCUUCUGCAAUAGGAAUUGCUGGCCUUGGUGGUGGAUUUGAAAUUGGAAUUGAGGUUUCAGAUUUAGUGAUAAUACUGAAUCAUGAAAGAGCAGUAGAAGCUUUUGCCAAAGGAGGUAAUCUUACACUUGGAGGAAAUCUUACUGUGGCAAUUGGACCUCUGGGGAGAAACUUAGAAGGGGACGUUGCCCUCAGAAGUUCCGCAGCUGUCUAUACAUACUGCAAAUCUCGAGGUCUGUUUGCAGGUGUAUCCCUGGAAGGAACCUGUUUAAUUGAAAGGAAAGAAACAAAUCGCAAGUUUUAUGGGCAGGAUAUUCGUGCUAGUGCCAUCUUGCUUGGUGAUGUGCCUUUUCCUGCACAAGCAGAAGAUCUUUAUGAAAUUCUAGCAUCCUUCACUGAAGUAUAUGAAAAUGAAGAGCAAAAAAAUAAUCCAGGAAAAGCUGUAAAUGACCCACCUGCUCAACCAUCACUGAGACCUGAACCACCUAAACCCACUGUUAGACCAACACCACCAGCUAAAAAGAAUACAAACAAACUUUAUCCUGAGCUUCCAAAUGAUUAUGCCUCUGUGGGUAAUCAGCUCGAAAAAUUAACUGAAAGCAGUAAAACUGCUUUACAUUACCACCUAAUUGAUAUGAAAAAGAAAGCUGAUGCAACAAGCUUGUGUCCAAGUCCUUAUGCAAG